GCCGUUAUGAACUUUUUAAAAUCAGAUUAAUGUCUUAGGAUGUCGCGUGGCUUGGUCGACAGUCAACAUGUAACAUUAUUUCUAAACAUACUCAUUCAUCUACAGGAAAAAGUCAAGCGAGAGUUGCGACGGACCGCUGACAAUCUGUACGCUUACAUGAGAUCAUGGAGCAGAACCGAAGGAAACGACGAAGUAAUACUUUUCAAUAAAUAGAGCCAUGGACUAGGAAGACGAAGAAGAAGGAACAAUGAAACAUCAUCUACCAAAAUUGGAGUUGCAGAAAAUAAUCGAAUCCGAGCUCGGAGAUGAUAUGCAAAAGUUAAAAGAGAAGUUUCUCAUUCUUUUGGUUGACAAUUACAAACUGAGAGAAAAGAACACACUACUCAGGUAUCCUAGACCUUCUUCGGUUAUAAAAAAAAUUAGAUACGAGGUAGACUUGCAUAAGGAGGAACUGCAGGAGACAUCCCGGGACCUGAAGCGUUUGAGUUCGUUUUGGAAGGAGAAACGAAGGGAACUAACAUUCUUGAAACGGGUCACGCAACAGCAAGAAAAAGAAAUUCAAUCUCUCCUGAAGACCUUGUCAAAAAUGAAAGAAAACCAGGUCAAGAAUCUGGAAGAAAAGGGCAUCAGACCUCUCAAGGGGCCCUGUUCAAAAGGAGGAAGUUUGAGCAACCUGGCAGUAUCCCAGCCCUCGUGCUUCCUUCGGGUGGCAUGGCAGCUAGGCACCCAAAGGGUGCUACAGCUAGACGAUUUUUUUAUGAAAGGGAUUCACAAUGAGAAGGACACAGAAAUUAGAUCACUCAUCACCACCGAUGGAAUAACCGCAGUGCAAUGCUUACUGAUUUCGCCUGAGGAAAUUAAGUCUUAUGUAUCAAUCAAACAUUUUCCGUCCACUUUACUAGACGCGGAGCGCACACAGAAUUUGAUCGACAUUUCUAACACAAUCGUUUCUGACACUAAAAAUAUCGCUCAACCAUGGCACCCUUUCGGUGCCUAA